AUGGAGUAUAGUGUGAUUCCUGCUUCAGUUCGAUAAGAUGGAUCUAUCAGAAAAGAAUUAAGAAUAAGACCCGGAUAUGUGCCUUUAGAACAAAUGAAAACUUACUAGGCUCCUCACAGGAGAAGAGAAUAGCAAGCAAACUAGCCUGUCAAUCAAAAUCAUAAAAAUAAUGAAUUCCUAAAUAUGAAAGGUCAUAUGAAUGGAUAUUCUCAAAAUCAUAACUAUUUUUAAGAUAACAGUAUUACAAACUCUAAGUAAGGUCAAUCUAAACAUCAGCAUUCCCAUUCUUAAAGUGAUAGUUAUCAAGAUGAAAAUAAUAGCAACGCCACACCCAAGAAAUAUUAGUCCUUGUAACAAUAGCAGAAAUAAAAGAAUCAUAGUAAGGAGAAGGAAACUCCUGUAAAUGGCUCGCAUAGGUAAAUCAUUUUGCAAGGAAAGUAGUAAAAUACUUAGCAUUAAGGUGACAAACAUCAGCAGUCUGAUACAAAUAACGAGGGGAACAAUUCUAAGAAAUACAGAAAGAAAGAAGCAUAGCAGUCUAAUGAUGUGCAAUCAGAUGAUAGAUGGAAAUAAUUCGAAGACGAAAGGAAAGAGAGAGAUGUUGAUUAUGAUGAUGAUAUAUCAAAAAUUAAUUUAGAAUUAGAGUUAGACUUUCUAGAGGAAUAGAAGGAAAAAGAGUCAAAAAGGCUUAAUAAAAAGUUAAAAUAGAUUGAGAAACUGGAGAAACUUAAUAGAGCACUGAAUUCGGAAGAACAGGCGAAGAUAAGUGCCAAAGAGGAACUGCUGAAGAAGCUUGCUGAUCUAAGUUUGAAUUGA